CCCUGUCUGGCUUUCCCUGCAGGCUUCGAGCUAUUUGGUGGAGUUUCUGGUGUUGCUAGUGGAGUCUCAUUGCUUGAGAGAGUUUCUCAUGUCGCUAGUCGAGCUAGGCGGCCACGUGGCUGCUCGUGGCGAGACACAGGGCGCUCGUGACGAUUGUGUCUAUGUCCAUUGUGUCUAUGUGUCUAUCAAGCAAGCGUUGGUGCCCAAUGCACUCAUGAAAGCUAUGGUGAUACUGCAUGGUUAUUGCUGUCUUGAUAAGAAGUCUAUCGCCGUGCAAGAUCCUCAAGGCCAGGUGCAGGCACUCACCUGCCCUGCCUCGACAAGGACGGCGACGACUUCGACCCUCAUGGAGAGCACUGCAUCUUCGCCAUGAUCGCCAGAUGGGAGCACGACGACAAUACCCUGGCCGUAAGAGAAUACGCCAACACACUCAUUCAUCAACAGUCAUUUGCCGCGCAUGCGUGUGUGUGUGGUUGUGUGUAUACCUGCUGGCCGAUGGUCACCCCUGACGACAUCCCUGGCGUCAAGCCAGACGAUGACAUCACCGGUGAGAACCCCGUGAGCUGCCUCAAGUGCGAAAAAGUGAUGCAUGGCAGCAUCAUCAGCUCCGAAGAGAAAAACGGGCUCAACGUAAGCACAUAGUCAGAUACAGGUAUGCUGCAAAACUCACCCUUUUUCUGCAGGCCUACAUCAAGUGUCCCAAGAACUGCCCCAUUGGCGAUGACAAGGACAACGACAAGGCGUUGCCCGUCCUGAUUCUGCACAUGCUGGCCGUGGCCGCUGCGUACAUGUAUCGCACCAGGGUCGCCAGCGGCACUGUGUACGAUAUCGAGCAAGGUACCACAUAUGCACAAACACACACAUGCACGCACACCCACACCUCUCACACAGCGACGCCUCUCUUUCUGUGUAAUUCUCUGUGUGCAAACUUUCCUAGCCCAUACUUUUCAAAGGUCAAGAGAGAUUUCAGCGAUAUUAUCGAUGCAAACAAGCCCUUUUUCUCACGUGAGCGAACACAUGAGGAAGAGCCAGGUGUCACUCUCUGGCGGGUUUGUGUAUGGUGUGCCUUUAUGUUGGGGUGUGCGUGUCGUGCAGUCCGUCGGAGGGGCAGCAUCCCGCAUUUUCUGUCAGAUGCCACACGAUAUGCGGAUGGAUGCCCGACCGCUUCAUCGAAGGCGAACUGUCUUGGACGUGGAUUCACAUUGACACCCACUACGCCUUCAUGCAUGUGCUCCACGCUCGCCUUCACUCACACGUCGACACUUCACAAGAAUCACACUCCUUAUUUUCGAUUGGUGCGUUGCACAGGCGGUGUACAUCACCAGGGAUGUGAAGUUGCCCAAGGGCAAUUUCGCCGUCAUCCACGUAAGCCGCCCCCUAGACAUCUACUUCAAGAUGCGCGACUAUUCCAAAUACGACUUCAUGCGCAUCCUGACCAUCGCCCACGACGGCUACGCCAUCCACCCGAGCGGCUGCGCCAUCCGCAACAUCAGCCGCAAGCCCUCAAUGGUGCUAGCCCCUUUCGGCCACAAGCUGCCCUUCGAUUUCAACCCCCAUCUGAUUCGGCCGGCCGUCAUCAACUUGGACCGCACCGCCUCGCGCUUCUUCGAUCCUCUGCCCCUCACAGAGCGUCACCUUACCUAGGACAUCGUCGGCGACCACUUCCCUCUAGUGCUCACCAACUUGUUUGUGCAGAGAGGGGAGGGAUGUCCGCUCAGGGCGAUGAUCACUGAUCAUCACGAUCGAGGUGGGUGUA